AUGGACAUUAAGGUAGAAAGUGGAGAAUCGUGUGUGACAAUCGAAGAAUCUCUUCAGCUACCCUUUUUAGAAAAUGCAACAAAACAGCCUAAAACCAAAACCCAAAAGGUAAUCAGAAAGACAUUCAAAGGAACUGGCAAUUUGGCCAAGCUUCUUCCCACGGGGUCAGUCCUGGCCUUCCAGAUCUUAUCCCCCAUCAUCACACACCAAGGCCAAUGCAACAGUAACGUGAGCCAUUACCUGACUCUUGGUCUUUUAUCAUUCUGUGGCAUAUCGUGUUUCCUCUUGUGUUUGACGGAUAGUUUCAGAGACGAAAGAGGAAAGGUUCGAUAUGGUUUAGCUACGUGGAACGGGUUGUUGGUGAUCGAGGGUGGGUCUAUGGCACUGUGCGCAGAGGAAGCAUCCAAGUACAGGCUGAGAUUUCUUGAUGUCCUGCAUGCAUUGAUGUCCAUUCUGGUUUUUGCAUCGGUUGCCUUGUUUGAUGAAAACGUCGUCAAGUGUCUUUUUCCACUGCCGUCGGAAGAGGCGAAGGAGCUUCUCGUGGUAGUGCCAAUUGUGAUUGGGGUGGUUUGUAGCUUGUUGUUCAUUCUCUUCCCCACCAAGCGCCAUGGCAUUGGCUGUCCUCUCUCUCGUAACUAG